UAAUAUAUACGAGGCCGGUCUGGCGCGUCGCUCAGUGGUCGCGUACGCGCGCUACGAUCCGGUGCUGCGAGUCUCUUUUGCAUCCUCGACGCCGGCACAUACCAGCGAAAUGAGGGUCGUCUCUUUGAUUAUCUUCCUGGCCCUCGGGCUCUUGUUCGCCGUGGGAUUCGGUCUGGGAGCGAGCAUACCUAGGAAAGAGGAGGAUAAACGCACCUGCGGAUACAAAUCAUGCACGAAAAGCGACCCGGACAAGAUAAACAUCCACUUAGUGGCUCACACACACGACGACGUUGGCUGGCUCAAAACCGUCGACCAGUACUACUUCGGCGGUCGCAUGAACGUUCAAGUGGCCGGUGUCCAGUACAUUAUCGACAGCGUCGUCGAAGCGCUUGAGCAAGAUCCCAGCAGAAAGUUCAUCUACGUCGAAACCGCCUUCCUCUGGAAAUGGUGGCAGCGCCAGGGCGAGAAAAAGCGCAACAUCAUGAGGAACCUGAUCAACGAGGGUCGACUCGAGAUCAUUGGCGGCGGCUGGAGCAUGAACGACGAGGCCGUCACGCACUAUCACUCCAUGAUCGACCAGUACACCUGGGGAUUCAGACGACUGAACGACACCUUCGGCACCUGCGCCCGACCAAAGACCGGCUGGCAGAUCGAUCCGUUCGGUCACUCUCGCGAGCAAGCUUCCAUGUUCGCGCAGAUGGGCUUCGACGGUAUGCUCUUCGGACGUCUCGACUACCAGGACAAGAACAAGCGACUCAAGGACAAGACUGGCGAAUUCAUCUGGGAAGCCAGUCCCAGUUUGGGCAAAUCCGCCAACUUGUUCACGACGAUGCUGUACAACAACUACGGGCCACCUCCAGGCUUCUGCUUCGACAUCCUCUGUCAGGAUUCCGAGCCCAUGAUCGACGACGUCGACAGCCCCGACUACAACAUUGCUCAGAGGCUCGAGUCGUUCUUGAAUUACGUGAAAAAUCAAGCGAAAUACUAUCGCUCGAAAAAUGUGAUUUUGACGAUGGGAGGAGAUUUCACUUAUCAGUACGCCGAGAUGUAUUUCAAAAAUAUGGACAAGUUGAUAAGGUACGUGAACGAACGCAACGGCACGGAUUACAAAGCCUUCUACUCGACUCCGUCCUGCUACCACAAGGCUCUGAACGAGGAGAACAUCAAGUGGCCGACCAAGACCGACGACUUCUUCCCCUACUCGAGCGAUCCUCAUGCCUUCUGGACCGGUUACUUCUCCUCCAGGCCGACCCUCAAGUACUUCGAGCGCAUCGGUAACAACUUCCUCCAAGUCGCCAAGCAGCUUUCGGUGCUCACGGAUCAACCAGACACCAAGGAACUUCAGCUCUUCCGCGAAGCCAUGGGUGUGAUGCAGCAUCACGACGCUGUAACCGGUACUGAGAAACAGCACGUGGCCGAGGACUACGCCAGACUGUUGCACCACAGCAUGAGAAACGGCGAGCAUCUGGCUUCUAAGGCUCUGAACAAAUGGGCACUGAAGCAAUACGUUCCCAAGCCACCCGAGUUCCACUCGUGUCUUCUCCUGAACAUCAGCUCCUGCGCACCGUCGUCCGAUAACUCCAAGUUCGUCGUGACUGUCUACAACCCGACGAGUCAACCGCUCACCACCUACGUUCGUGUGCCUGUUGAGGGACAGACCUUCGGCGUGAGAGACUUCACAGGCAACAAGAUCGUGCACCAAGUGGUACCGAUCCCAGAACAGGUCCAAAAGAUUCCUGGCCGUUUCAGCAAGGCAAACAACGAGCUGGUCUUCCAGGCUGUCAAGAUCGCUCCGCUCGGCUUCCAGUCGUUCUACGUAGACAAGAGCGGACCCGAAUUCGAGGCUUACCAAGGAGACCAACCGGCCUACGUGCAGACGAUGGGUGGCGAGUACUACAACAUAAGCGUCGAUGCGCAAGGAAAGGUGCGAGUUCGCUCUACCAAGGCAGCCAACGGUCUUGACUUCGAGCAGACCUUCAAGUACUACGAGGGAGCCGAGGGUAACAACAAGGUGUUCGUCAACAGAUCCUCUGGAGCUUACAUCUUCAGACCUAAGCAAAACUACACCAAGGAUCUGCCCAACACUGGAACGUUCCAGAUCUUCAAAGGGCCGCUGGUCGAGGAGAUUCAUCAGGUGAUCAACGACUGGGUGAGCCAGGUGAUCAGAAUCUACAACGGCAUGGACUACGUCGAGUUCGACUGGCUCGUUGGACCUAUACCCGUCAAGGACAAGAUCGGUAAGGAGGUAAUUACAAAGUACUCGAGCAACCUGAAAAACAACGACGAAUUCUACACGGACAGCAACGGCCGCGAAAUGCUCAAGCGUAAACUCAACUACCGACCGACAUGGGAGGUCGAACUUCAAGAGCCCAUCUCCGGCAACUACUACCCGGUUACGACCAAGAUCUCCAUUCAAGACGAGAACAACAAGCUGAGGCUCAGCGCGCUGACCGACAGAGCUCAAGGUGGAUCCAGUCUCAAGGAGGGUGAGCUCGAGCUCAUGGUACACAGAAGAUUGCUGAGCGACGACGCUUUUGGCGUGGGCGAGGCAUUGAACGAGUCGGCCUACGGUGAAGGUCUCGUAGCUCGCGGACAGCACUACCUCGUCGGCGGCAGCCUGACGAACCUCGAUGAGCUGAUCCUCAGAGAGAAAGAGCUAGCUACUGAGUUGGCCCUGCGACCAUGGAUCUUCGUUACUCCAACGACGGAGUCUUUCAAGGAAUGGAACGAGUACUACAAGAUGAGGGAUGACGGUUGGAUCAAGCCUCUACCGAAGAAUGUCCGUAUAUUGACUCUCGAGCCUUGGAAGGACGGAGAAGUCCUGCUUCGAUUGGAACAUCUGUUCGAAGAAGGAGAGUCGCCUAAGUACUCAGUUCCUGCGCAAGUCGAUCUCAAGGAGGUGUUCUCAGGCUUCACUGUGCAGUCCGUACAGGAGACCAUUCUGGGUGCCAACCAGUGGAUGGAAGACCUGCAGCGACUGAAAUGGCAACCCGAGACAAAUAAGGUUGGUGAUUCUGAAGAUUCGAGCAGCGACGACAGCUCGCUGCUGAGUGGCGUCGACUCGACCAGUAUCACGAUCAGACCCAUGGAAAUCCGAACCUUCGUAGUGAAGCUCGCGCAUGGCACGAAAUUUACGUCAUAAAAUGUCACCAAUAAGGAUACUUGAGACUUUUAAGAUUUAGGUUUCUUUUAUCAAAGGAACGUGUUACUUUUUUAAUAUCUGAAAUGUCGAUCGAUUCGUACUAUCGUUUUGUGAUUUUUAAUAAGUUAAAAUAAAGUUUUUUUUACUAUAUUAAAA